UCUAGGUUUGGAAACGGAAAACAGUAUGGAGACCAAACGUUUUUUCGAUGAGAAAAUUUGCAGAAUAUAAGCCAAAAUCCAUCUCGCUCUAUUUUCUCCCACUGCCGGCCAAUGGGCUUCCUCUCAUCACCAUAUUUGGUGUGAGGGAAAACACAAACCAGAUGAUUCAGAUGUAUACAUCCGGUGAAAUAUCUGGUUCAUUGUUCUAUCUGUGUUGCUGUAUUCCAUUCCUUCCUGAAAGGGACCUUGAGCAGAAAUUCAGGAGUUGUGCAUGUCACUGUGACAACAGUGCCGUGAGUGAGGUUGUCUGAAAUGAUUUAUUUGAUGUGGAGCAGUCUUCUUUGAUUGUUUUGGUAAAGGUCAGACAGGGUUGUGUUGAAAGCACCCUGAUUUGAAGUAACGUUACCGAAGGAGACUUGCUAAGGAAAAUCAAAGAAGAGUGGCAAAGAUUAUGAAGUGGGUGUCAAAGAACUGCCAGUCAAGAACAAAACCCUAAGUUGAUCUCACAGGCCAGAGCAUUGUAUUAAAAAAGUAUAGCCAGUGUGCAGUUAAAUGCAGCUCAACCUCUGUGUUUGCAAAUGGCUUGCUGUCUGAAGGAUGAGCUCCUGUGUUCCAUCUGCCUGAGUAUCUACCAGGACCCUGUCAGUUUCGGCUGUGAGCACUAUUUCUGCCGAAAGUGCAUCACUGAGCACUGGAGCAGACAGGAGCCCCACGGUGUACGAGACUGUCCUGAGUGCAGGAGGACCUUCGCAGACCCUCUUCUCUCCCCAAGCCUCAAGCUGUCCAACAUCGUGGAGCGCUACUCAGCCUUCCCGCUGGACGCCAUCCUCAACGCUCAGAGGAGCUCCUAUCCCUGCAAGGACCACGAGAAGGUCAAGCUUUUCUGCCUCAGCGACAAGAGCCUGGUGUGUUUCUUCUGUGACGAGCCAGCCUUACACGAGCAGCAUCAGGUCACCACUAUUGACGAGGCUUACGAGGAGAUACAGAGGGAGAUGAAGGAGCAGCUGGCCACUCUGCAGGACAGUGAGAAGGGACACACAGAGGCCCUGCAGCUACUGCAGAGACAACUCACUGAGACCAAGUCGUCGGCCAAGGGCCUGCGUGCGACCAUCGGCGAGGCAUUUGAACGUCUGCAGCGGUUCCUGCGAGAGCGCCAGAAGGCCAUGCUGGAGGAACUGGAGACGGAUACGGCGCGCACGCUCUCCGACAUCGAGCACAAGAUCCAGCGCUUCAGCCAGCAGCUGCGUGACGUCAAGGAGGGCAUCGGCAUCCUGCAGGAGCGCCUCAACGAGACGGGACGCCACGACUUCCUGGAGGGCGUGGCCCUCACCUCCGAGAGGUGCUCUGCUUACUGUCUGACUGACCUUGGAUCAGCUCUUCUUCCAAAAAGCCACAGUCCUAAACUUUUGAUAAAAGGAAAGAUACAUGAGACCAAUCUAACAUAUGAAGAUUUCCCGACCUCGAAGUACAUGGGGCCCCUGCAGUACACAAUAUGGAAGUCUCUAUUUCAGGAUAUUUCACCAGUGCCAGCAGCUUUGACCUUAGACCCCAUCACAGCCCACCAGAGACUUAUCCUAUCAGAUGACUGCACCAUCGUAGCCUAUGGUAACCUGCACCCCCAGCCGCUGCAGGACUCCCCGCGGCGCUUCGACGUGGAGGUGUCUGUGCUGGGGGCCGAGGGCUUCGGCUCCGGGGUGCACUACUGGGAGGUGAUGGUGUCAGAGAAGACACAGUGGAUGAUCGGCGUGGCCAACGAGACGGUCAGCCGCAAGGGCAGCAUCCAGAUCCAGCCCAGCCGCGGCUUCUACUGUGUCGUCAUGCACGACGGCAACCAGUACAGCGCCUGCACCGAGCCCUGGACCCGCCUCAACGUCAAGAGCAAGCUGGAGAAGGUGGGCGUGUACCUGGACUACCCCAAGGGCCUGCUGGUGUUCUACAAUGCUGACGACAUGUCCUGGCUGUACACCUACAGGGAGAAGACGUUCCCGGCCAAGCUCUGCCCCUACUUCAGCCCCGGGCAGAGCCACGCCAACGGCAAGAACGUCCAGCCGCUGAGAAUCAACACGGUGCGUCUAUAAGAGCCACACACAGGGUCACUCUACAGAUCGACUCGCUCACCUCAACCCUCCCUGAGGAUAGGAUACCAACAAUGAGAUGUAACUAAGAUCCUAAAGACGGCUCAUUUUUAAAAUGAUGAGAGAGGGGG